AUGAUUUCUAUCUCGGCAUUUGAUAUAAUAGCAAAAUCGUUUAAAGUACGUAAUGAUAAGCCUGUGAUCGACAAUUAUAUAUUCCAAUGCCACUACAAACUAACCACCAAUAUUUUAUUAACGUUCUGUCUAUUGAUUACAUCAAUAAAUUUAAUAGGAAAUCCUAUAGAGUGCAUAACGAAUUUAUCAAAAAAUACAGAGAUGCAUAAAGUUAUAAACAGUUAUUGCUGGAUGUCAAAUUUAUACACAUAUAAUAGCAAACCAGAAUUCAGUCUACUUAAUAUAGAAAAUAACAAAAAAAAUAUUAGGUCCCAUUCAUACUAUAAAUGGGUACCAUUUAUGCUAUUCUUUCAAGCUCUGACAUUUUAUGUACCCCAUUGGAUAUGGAAAAUAUGGGAAGGAGGUAAAAUACGUAUGAUCACAAGUGACAUGCGUGAAUUUUGUACGGGUUCUGAUGAGUCAAGACGUUUAAAACAAAAUAGAUUGGUACAAUAUUUCAUCGAGAGCUUUCAUACUCACAGUACUUACGCAUUUGGUUAUAUUUUGUGUGAAAUAAUAAAUAUAUUCAACAUUAGUUUCAAUAUUUACAUUACUCAUAAGUUUCUUGAUGAAUCAUUUUUAACCUACGGAAUCGAAAUGUUAAAAUACUAUCAACAUCCUAAUUACGAGUUUAAUCCAAUGGAAGUUAUCUUUCCUCGAAUUACAAAAUGUAAUUUUUUCAAGUAUGGGCCAUCUGGCACUAUUCAAAACGUAGAUGCUAUGUGCAUUCUCUCUCAAAACGUUUUAAACGAAAAAAUAUACUUAUUAUUAUGGAUUUGGUUUUUAAUACUUGCUAUUAUAUCCAUAUGUGCAUUGAUCUAUAGAAUGGCUAUAAUUACACAAAUAGUUAUGAAGACAACAGUAUUGAUAAACAUUUUCAAAUUCACAAAUAAUAAACAAAUCAUUUCAAUGUUGGCUAAUAAAUUUCAAGUAGGAGAUUAUAUACUCCUUGAUUUCAUUGAAAAGAAUGUAAAUUGUAUUCAAUUUAAAGAAAUAAUGGAAGAAAUAUGUACACAAGUUUGA